UGUGUCGUCCUUAAUACAUCCAUGUUGUGGAUGUGGGUCGAUUACAAAACUUCACAGUUUUGCUUAUCUUACAAAGUCGUUUUUUAAACUAUUUGUUCUUAGUUUCAGUACCUCAACGGACACAUUCUCCCAGAACCAGUAAAACAGGAGAGUGCCUGAGUCAGCACCGCCUGCAGAAACAGGAUGGCAUCUCCUUCGCCCCACGACCGCAGCCGGAAAGAUGACGAGGAUGACCCUGUUGACCGGAUGAUAUCCCGCACCGGCUGUGCUGAGCUGCAUUAUGCUGUGCAGGAGUGCAUGGCCGAGCAUCAGGACUGGCGAGUCUGCCAGAAGCAGGUCCAGACCUUCAAAGACUGCAUGAUGAGUUUUCAAAAAGCUCAGAAAGAACAGCGAAAGCAGCAGCAGCAGCAGAUCCCCACAUAGUCUUCACCCAGCUGAACCCGCAAACCUGGACUUUAAGUGACUGGACUGAGUUUAAUAAAUCAUCGUGUCAAUAAAGCACGAGCAGCUACAUGAUCUGAACUUCAGGUUUGAUGCUGAUUCAUGACCAAUUACAGCAACCUAUCAGUCAUCACAGAAUUUAUCAGAAUUUAAGCUGACUUGGUAAACUAUAUUUUUAUUUUGUAACUCGUGCUGUUGAGAGUAUGUGCAAGAUCAUUUUAGAUCAGGAAUGUGGAGCACACGGUUAGCAUCUUCACAGUCCUGCUUAAAUCAGAAUAAACAUUCAGACUGUGCACUGAUUCAGACAAGCAGGGACGAUAUCUAGGGUUUAUCAGUUGACUUCUUAAUUAAUAGUUCAUGCAACAAAUGCAAAUAAUGAAAAACUGAGGUCACUGAGGUGACUGUGAGCGUUGUCCGGACUGCAAGGAGCCUAUACAUUUGACCUAUUACAACUUGACUUUAAUUUGAGAGUAGUGCACAAACUUACAAUCAUGUUGGUAAAAGUCCCCUUCUUGAACCUGUGGUAGCAAAUAAAUGCAGUUGGGUCUCACGGUUUGGGCAUUACUGGUGUUUAUGAUUUGCCUGGACACACCCCCCCAAAAGACUUGAAAUAUAGCAGUCAAGAUGUGAUCAAAGUGUAGACUUUCAGCUUUUAUUUAAGAGGUUUUUCAAAAAUGUGGACUUUAGGAAUAAUGCCCAUUAACGUCUUUGCUUUAGCAAAAUACAAAAGUAUUUCAACAAUUUAUAAGAUAUGAAUUGGCCAGGAGUGGCUCAUUCCCUCAUAUCAACACAAAUAAAGCAGAUAAAAGGUUGAUAUCAGGUACUGAAUUGACAUAAGCAGCUGUUUGACAUGAAUACUUAAAUGAACUCCAAGGAAAGCACAGUGCACGUCAAAGAGGCCGGUGGGCUGAAAUACAACAUAACAGAGACAGUGACUAUCAACAGUUUGGUUCAUUCUUGAAAAUGAGGCAUACGUGAGCUCAACGACUUCUAAAGGCCAGCUGACCACUGAAGACAAUUAAAGUGUAUGAUUGCAGCGCUAACAUCGUAGCAGUCUGUGAGUCUUUACAACACGGUGCAAACCACUCUUUACAGCCAGGAACAGGAAAGCCAGACAAGGCUAAGGAAUGAAAGAUUCAUCUAAGACGAGACAGUUGCCUCAUCUCAACCACAUAGAGUAUGUUUUUCAGUUACUGAAGACAAAACGGAGGGCAGAAAGGCCCACAAACGAGCAGUGGACUGAAGGUGGCUGCAGUGGAGGACUGGCAAAGCAUCUUCCUGGAGGAAACUCAGAAUGUGGUUCCUGGACUGCAGAUUUCAGUCAUUUACAACAAAGGAUGUUCAUCCAUGCAUUAAAAAAUGUUUCUUUUUUAAAAUUGAUGUCAAUUUGUCCCAAUACUUUUGAACCACGAAAACUGAGCCCUUUUGCUUCAAAUUGAAGUAAUGGUCAUCGUCUAAAUACUUGUGGACCUACUGUAGCUCAGUUAUAAACCAUGUAACAGCUAUAUAGUGUCAAAAAAUAAUGAUUCAACUUACUUUUGUUCUUGAAAUGAGUUGUAAAAUGAAGUGCUAUUAAGGUUAAAGUUGAAAUGGUUUUACAUGUGGAUGUUACAACAAAGAUCAACAUUCUACGAUGUUAAUAUGAGUGAAUCAGAUUAUUGGAAGCUUGUGGACAUUUUGUGCAGUCAUUUAAACAUUUUAAUAAAAUAUC